AUAUGGAAGGGUCCAUCAUUAGCAGUCCUCACAUGCGCCGAAGAGCUACAUCAACCCGAGAGUGUCCAUCUCGCCCUCACCAGACUAUGCCCAACUCCUCCUCACUCCUAGGGUCCCUGUUCGGUAGCAAGAGGGGCAAGCCCCCCUCGCAGAGCCACGCGGCCGCGCAGACCCCGCACCACGCGGAGGGCGCGGCCGCCGCGCCGCACCCGCACCACGCCCAGUUCUGCCACCAGAACCCGCCGCCCUACCACCACCACCACCACUACCACCCGCCCCCGCACCCGCACCCGCACCCGCACCAGUACCACCAGCACGGGCACGGCCACGGGCACGGCCCCUACCUGCCGCACGCCCCGCACCACGGCCCGCACCACGGCCCGCACCACCACGGGCCGCCCCCGCCGCCCGCCGCCGCCAGCACCAAGCCCAAACACAGCGGCAUCAGCACCAUAGUCUAGGCCUAAAGACCCUCCUCGUGACUCUAGUUCCAAACCCAGCUGCAAAGGCACUUAGAGGAAGCAACAAAAUCACACCGUCAGUUUUUACCCAGGCCAUUUAAUGAGCUUAAAGGCU